AUGGAGCAUGCAGUUGGCAAGGUUACAUUCAAGAUAACUUUGACAAGCGAUCCAAAGCUACCCUUUAAAGUGCUUAGCGUGCCUGAGUCUACACCUUUCACAGCAGUUUUGAAAUUUGCCGCAGAAGAAUUUAAAGUACCAGCUGCAACGAGUGCUAUCAUAACGAAUGAUGGGGUAGGUAUAAAUCCAACGCAGUCGGCUGGUAAUAUAUUUUUGAAACAUGGAAGCGAAUUGAGGCUGAUACCAAGGGAUCGAGUAGGUUAUUGUGAGUAA